AACGGGUUCGUAGUCUACUUUUAGGUGCGUAGCCGCGCGCAACAUAUUUGAGCUAAUUCUCAAGCGAAUUCCUACACUGAAAGCGUUGCCCAAUAAAAAAAAUAAAAUAAAAUAAAAAGAAAUAAGAAAAAUUCAAUUCUUGUGCACUAGUGGAAAGUAAAAAACAAAGUGAAAAGCGAAAUACGCGUUACAAGUAAUCAAAAUUAAUAUAAAAAGCAAAGAAAAAAAUAAACACAAAAAUAUAGAGGAAAAACCAAAACAAGUGGAAGACAGCGAGAGCACAACAAGAAAGGAAGAACCAGGCAAGAGCAAAGCAAAGCAAAGCAAAAAGGAAUACAUUAUUAUUAUCCACAUAAAAGCAAUCAAAAAGCAACAGCAACAAAAGUGCCAUAUGCAACCGAUAAGACUGUGUGAAGUGGUCAAGGAAAGGCGACAGCAACAGCAGGAGGAGCAGGAGCAGGAGCAGCAGCAAUAACAACAGCAACAAGAAGAAUCAAACACACAAUAUCAACUGGAGGAAGCAAGGCAGCAGCAAUAACGAAAUUCCAAGCGUCGCGUUGCGCGUGUGUGUGUGCGUACGUGUGUGUGUAAGUGUGUGCGUGCGUCGUUAGUGAUCUGAACAAAAUGGCGGGCGGUCAGCGCAACCAAAAUGUAGCGCUGCACAGCAACGUCGCAGUCGCAGUCGCAGUCGCCGUUGACGCGUUGCUGCUCUAAGCGAAUGCCCAACGAUCGAGCGGGCAAAGCACACAGAAAGAGACAGCGACAGAGAGAGCGAGAGCACAAGAGCGAUUCAAGACCUGAACUAAAAGCAAACAGACAGCCACAUCCAUCCAUCCACAGUCCAAUUGCAGUUGCCGUUGCCGUUGCAGUUGCCGUUGCAGUUGCAGGUGCAAGCGGGCAGGUGCCGAAGCGGGCGCAGGCGCAGCUGUUUGACGAGGACUUCAGGUGCCAGCUAAAGGGCAUCGAAGAGCGGCGACGCGGCGUAACGAUUAGGCACCAAAAUGCCUGGCGGACGACGUGGACUGGUUGCGCCGCAGAACACAUUCCUUGAGAACAUAAUACGGCGCUCCAAUUCGCAGCCGGACAGCUCGUUUCUAUUGGCCAACGCACAAAUCGUCGAUUUUCCGAUCGUCUACUGCAAUGAGUCCUUCUGCAAGAUUAGCGGCUACAACCGAGCCGAGGUCAUGCAGAAGUCGUGCAGGUAUGUAUGCGGCUUCAUGUACGGCGAGCUGACAGACAAGGAGACGGUGGGACGGCUGGAGUAUACGCUGGAGAAUCAGCAGCAGGAUCAAUUCGAGAUAUUGCUCUACAAGAAGAACAAUAUACAAUGUGGCUGCGCCCUAUCGCAGUUUGGCAAGGCACAAACCCAAGAAACGCCGCUAUGGCUGCUGCUUCAGGUGGCGCCCAUACGCAACGAGAGGGAUUUGGUUGUGUUAUUUCUGUUGACAUUUCGGGAUAUAACGGCACUGAAGCAGCCCAUCGACAGCGAGGAUACCAAAGGUGCAGUUAAUCUAUUCCUUCCAGUUUUAGGUCUCUCCAAAUUCGCCAAACUGGCGCGAUCCGUGACGCGCAGCCGCCAGUUCAGCGCGCAUUUGCCAACCCUCAAGGAUCCAACGAAGCAGUCGAAUCUGGCGCACAUGAUGUCACUGAGUGCGGACAUUAUGCCCCAGUACAGACAGGAAGCGCCCAAGACACCGCCACACAUACUCUUGCAUUAUUGUGCAUUUAAAGCAAUUUGGGACUGGGUGAUAUUGUGUUUAACAUUUUAUACCGCCAUCAUGGUGCCAUAUAAUGUAGCGUUUAAAAAUAAAACCUCAGAGGAUGUUUCCCUUCUCGUUGUGGACUCGAUAGUGGAUGUUAUCUUCUUUAUAGAUAUUGUGUUAAAUUUUCACACCACUUUUGUGGGCCCCGGCGGUGAGGUGGUCAGCGAUCCGAAGGUCAUACGCAUGAACUAUCUGAAGUCGUGGUUCAUCAUCGAUCUGCUCAGUUGUCUGCCCUACGAUGUCUUCAAUGCCUUCGAUCGCGACGAGGACGGCAUCGGCUCGCUCUUCAGCGCCCUCAAGGUGGUGCGCCUGCUGCGCCUGGGCCGUGUGGUGCGCAAGCUAGAUCGCUAUCUGGAAUAUGGUGCGGCCAUGCUGAUACUCCUGUUGUGCUUCUACAUGCUGGUCGCCCACUGGCUGGCCUGCAUCUGGUAUUCGAUUGGACGCAGCGACGCGGACAAUGGGAUUCAAUACAGCUGGCUAUGGAAGCUAGCGAACGUGACUCAGUCACCGUAUUCGUAUAUUUGGAGCAAUGAUACGGGCCCCGAGCUCGUCAACGGUCCCUCCAGAAAGAGCAUGUAUGUGACGGCCCUGUACUUUACAAUGACCUGCAUGACUUCGGUGGGAUUCGGCAAUGUCGCAGCGGAGACAGACAACGAGAAGGUGUUCACCAUCUGCAUGAUGAUCAUUGCAGCUCUGCUGUACGCGACCAUCUUUGGUCAUGUGACGACGAUAAUACAGCAAAUGACAUCGGCCACCGCCAAGUACCAUGACAUGCUCAACAACGUGCGCGAGUUUAUGAAGCUGCACGAGGUGCCCAAGGCGCUCAGUGAACGCGUUAUGGACUAUGUCGUCUCCACGUGGGCCAUGACCAAAGGCCUCGAUACCGAAAAGGUACUAAACUAUUGUCCGAAAGAUAUGAAGGCUGACAUAUGUGUUCAUCUAAAUCGCAAAGUAUUUAACGAGCAUCCAGCAUUUCGUCUGGCCUCGGAUGGUUGUCUGCGCGCAUUAGCGAUGCACUUCAUGAUGUCCCACUCGGCGCCCGGGGAUCUCCUCUAUCAUACCGGCGAGAGUAUCGAUAGCCUCUGCUUUAUUGUGACUGGCAGUCUGGAGGUAAUACAGGACGAUGAAGUUGUGGCAAUAUUGGGCAAAGGCGACGUCUUCGGCGAUCAAUUCUGGAAGGACUCGGCCGUUGGCCAGAGUGCCGCCAAUGUGCGUGCACUGACCUAUUGUGAUUUGCAUGCCAUCAAACGUGAUAAAUUGCUCGAAGUCCUCGAUUUCUAUUCGGCAUUUGCGAAUAGCUUUGCACGCAAUCUGGUGCUCACCUACAAUCUCAGACAUCGACUGAUUUUUCGCAAGGUGGCCGAUGUGAAGCGCGAAAAAGAAUUGGCCGAACGGCGUAAGAACGAGCCGCAAUUGCCCCAGAAUCAGGAUCAUCUCGUGCGCAAAAUAUUCUCCAAAUUCCGGCGUACACCCCAGGUUCAGGCGGGCAGCAAGGAACUGGUCGGCUCCGGUCAAAGCGAUGUCGAGAAGGGCGACGGCGAGGUUGAACGCACCAAGAAGCUACCCGCUAAACUAACAUUAACCGAGGACUCACGCAUAUUAACAACCGCCGCUGUACCCUCACCAUCGCCAUCACCCUCGCCCUCAUCGGGUCCACCAUCUGCACGUAGUACCCGUGCUAGCAAAUGGGGACGCCUUCUGGGCAGUUCAAGUGUCGAUUCAGCUAGCGAUACGAGCGCCAAGGUAGCCGUCUCGAGAAGUUUGAGCGCCCGCGAAAGUCUGCGUGAGAGCACUGCCCAAGCGAGGCAGAGUAGUACUUCGAGUAGCAAUGGUGGACAAGGCAAUAAACAUUUACAAUUAAGCAAAGUAUUCCCCAAGGCGCCCAAGCUGCAGGCUAGCCAGGCGACGCUCGCUCGUCAGGACACCAUCGACGAGGGCGGCGAGGUGGACUCGUCGCCACCCAGCCGGGACAGUCGUGUGGUCAUCGAUGGCGGUGCAGCCGCCACAGCCACGUCCACAGCAGCAGCCACCGCAGCGGGUGCCGCUGGAGCAGGCGGCAGUGCCAGCGGCACGACAGGUGCUCCAACAGCGGCGACUGGCGUCAAGGAGCGUAAUUUAGCGCUGGAGCGGGAGCGACAGAUCGAGAUGGCCAGCUCGAGGGCAACCACAUCGGAUACGUACGAUACGGGGCUGCGGGAGACACCGCCCACGCUGGCACAGCGCGAUCUCAUUGCCACCGUGCUGGACAUGAAGGUGGAUGUGCGGCUGGAGCUCCAGCGCAUGCAGCAGCGCAUCGGCCGCAUCGAGGAUCUGCUGGGUGAGCUGGUCAAGAGGCUGGCACCUCAAAUGGAUAGCAGCGGUCAAACGACACCUGGCGACGAGAUCUGUGCGGGUUGCGGCGCGGGCGGCGGCCCCUCAGCAGCGGUAGCUGCACCAACAACCGCUACGGUCACCACGCCCGUGGACACUGUGAUAACCAUCUCAUCGCCUACAGCCGCUGGCGCGGGCACAUCGACAUCAGCAAUAGCAACAGGAACAGCAACAGGAAUAGGAACAGCAUCGGCGAGCGCUGGCGCUGGCAGCGGUCUACUAAAUCCAAGCGUCCAAGUUGUGUCUGGCGCGGGAGGCAACGGCCUGGGGCCGCUGAUGCUCAAAAAGCGACGCUCAAAGAGCAGGAAAGCACCGGCGCCUCCUAAGCAGACACACGCCGUGACGGCCACAACGCUGACGGGUGCGACUGUUGCAACUGUAACUGUUGGAUCUGGUACGACGAGCGUGACAGCGUCAGCGUCUGCAUCUGCGUCUGCCUCUGCGGCAUCGUCAUCGGCAGCCGCAACAGCAGGAGCAGGAGCAGGAGCAGGAGCAGCAACGAGUCCAUCGGCCGCUGCCGAGCUGCUGCAUUUGCGUCUGCUCGAGGAGGACUUCAGUGCCGCUCAGCUGACGGCGUCAAGUGUCGCUGGCACGCCCACAGCAUCGGCGGGCACACCACCCACUGGUGCAGCGACGCCAACGACCACAGCAACAAGCGCAACAACAACGCCAACGGGAAGCGGACGGAGCGUGAAACGCGAGUUCCUCUAGCCAAAAAUACUGGAGCGCCAUCUGUCGGCGGAUAGCAGCAGCUUCGAGCAAUAAUACUCGACAAAUUCAGAGUUUGCCUACGCAUACGCUUAGCUAGUCCGUAGUCCGUAGAUAUGCAUAAUAGGAACUAUGUAUGCCUAAUUACUUAUAUGAUGUAUGACUAUAUAUGUAUACAUGAUGUACAUGAAGGUAUAACUAAUUGUAGAUACACCUACACUCACUCUUUCUCUCUCUAUCUGUAUGUCCCUCUCUCUUUCUCUCUCUCUAUGUCUAACGAUAUCUAACUGUCUUUGUACCCGAACUCUGGCGCUUAAAGCAACAGCUCUUUCUCUCGCUCUCUCUCUCUCUCUUUCUCCCUCUCUUUUGCCCCUCACACUCUCUUUUUCUCUUUCUCUCUCUCGCUCUCUGUCUUUGCUAACACACUUUUAUCGUGUGCACUUAUUGCUCUAUCUAUCUAUCUCUAUCUCUCUCUCUCCCCGGCAACAUUUGCUAGCGGUACAAAUUUUGAAAGCACUCUCUGAUGUAUCUGAUAUAAUAUGAUGUACGAUGGAGCUCAAUCAUGUGAUGCUCGCUUAGGAAUAUUAAUUAGGGCAUUAAGCAUAAAGCAUAUUGCUUACGAAUUUGCUACAUUUACUGCAAUUAUUUACCUUUAUAUACAAACAAUAUUAUAGAUCAGAUCAGAGCCGAACUAAAUAGCUAUACUACACUUACAAACGUACAGACACACACACACACACAUACACCCACACAUACAUAUGCAUAUACACCUACAUAGAUAUACAUACAUAUGUGUGUGUGUAUACAUGAUGUAAAUUAAUAUUUUUGUGAUAAAAGCUAAAGCAGGCAAGCAGCAAAUAAUGCCAGUGAAUUGUACAUACAAGUAGGAUGUGCUUAGGAAAAGCCCAUAGGUAAAAACAAAAAUUAAAAAAAUUAAAAACAAAAAAAACAGAAGAACCGAAACAAGAAAAUUUAUAGUUACUUAGAGCCGAUCCCAGCAGAAUUGAGCAUUAGUUUGAAAUAUGGAUAUGGAUCAUAAAUUCAAUUUUUAAUCAGUAAACUUUGCUUUUCUAUAUGUUAAUCAUGGUAACGCAUCUCUAUGUAGAUAAAUAUUCCAACCUAGUUUCACUCCUAGAAAACCUUCUGUUGCCUACUUUUAGGAGGACAAAGAAAUCAAAAUAUAUAUAGCCAAUGACUGCUUCAGAUAGAAAUGCAUUAUUAACGCAGGCAAGCUAUAGAUAUCGAAAGGAAUACAGCCUUAGCCUGCGAUCCUUUCAGCUAGCCCUAGGAAUCAGCUAUUCAGAAGUUUCGCAAUUCUGCUGGGCGUACAUUUUCGAGAUGCCCAUUGCAGUCAGAGCCCAAGCUAGAUUCGGCUUGGUGCCCAGUCGUGUGUAUUUCAUGAUACCCGUCCUAUGUAUGUAUAUACGCCUAUACCUAAUAAGGGGUAUACCUAAUAAGGGGUACGUAAGUAAACACAAUUAGCAGCAAACACUAACUAUACGAAAGAUCCCAGCCACAACAAACAGAGACGACAACACACAAAAACGAAAAGACAAUCGACAACAACAAAGAAACAAACCAAAAAUAGAAA